AUGACAUUCGACAAUAGAAAGGUCCGAUUGAAUGUGUUUUCUAAUGUUUCUGACAUGUUUCAAAGUGAUGAAUGUUUCAUGGCAGAUAUUAUAGAUGGAUGUGAUCCUCAUGUCGAGGAUGAGAUGCCCGAGUGUUGUUUUUUUUGUGACAGGGUACAAGAAAAUCACAUGUGUGAUUUGGAAGAGGAAGUUCAGAAGUUGGAGGCACAAGCGGUGCAAGAGAGAAGGCCUCCAUGGUCCCAUCAAGUGGAGGGCCUUCCAGCUGAGAUUUCUUCAGGGUUGAAACCAUCACUAAUCAGCCCACCAAAGGUAGAGUUGAAAGAGCUGCCCGCGCAUCUAAAGUAUGCGUUCUUAGGAGAGGAUCAGACUCUCCCGAUAAUUAUUGCAGCUAAUUUGGAGAAAGAACAAGAAGAAGCACUACUGAAGGUGCUGAAGACCCAUCGAGCAGCGAUCGGGUGGACUCUCGCUGAUUUAAAAGGUAUAACUCCUUCUGUUUGUAUGCAUAAAAUUAUUACUGAUGCAGAUGCGAAGCCUAUACGGGAUACACAAAGGAGGCUUAAUCCUAACAUGCGAGAAGUAGUAAAGAAGGAGGUAAUCAAGUGGUUGGACCAUGGGAUCAUAUAUCCCAUUUCAGAUAGUGCAUGGGUAAGUCCAACCCAAACGGUGCCGAAGAAAGCAGGCAUUCAAAUUAUCAAGGGUGAUAAUGGUGAGCAGAUAGCCACCUGGCCGGUGGCGGGGUACAAUCAGAUUGCUAUCCACCCCGAUGACCAAGAAAAGACCACCUUCACAUGCCCCUGUGGCACAUUCGCAUUUAGGCGAACGCCAUUUGGGUUGUGCAAUGCCCCGGCUACCUUUCAAAGGUGUAUGAUGAGCAUAUUCUUGGAUAUGGUCGUGGACGCCCUAGAGAUAUUUGUGGAUGAUUUUUUGGUCUUUGGGUCAUCCUUUGAUACAUAUUUAGAUGAAUUAUCUAGGUGCAGUCAGGUAUUUAAUGGAGAAAAGGAUGCCAAACCGAGGCUGAUUCGGUGGGUCCUUUUAUUGCAAGAGUUUGAUCUAGAAAUCAGAGACAAGAAAGGGUGUGAGAAUGUAGUCGCUGACCACCUGUCACAACUACUGGCUGGAAUAGAGGAUGUCACACCGGAGAUCAAUGAACAGUUCCCAGAUGAGUUUAUAAUGUCUGUUAAAUCUGGACCAUGGUAUGCUAACUUUGCAAAUUAUCUUGUUUCGGGUACGGUGCCAGAUGCAUGGAACGAGCGGAGGAAGCAACAAUUCCUAACGCAAGUGAAGAACUAUAUCUAG